GGUUCCCGGAGGCCCUGUGCACCGGGGAGGAGAAGGAAGAGGAGGAGGAAGAGGACAGGCGAAGGAGCCCACGACCCGUCACUUUCACGCUGGGCAAUGAGAUACUGGGGCUGGGACCGGAGACCGAGUUUCAGAGCCCCGAUGCCGAGGUCUACAUGCACUUCAUGAGGAGCCACUGCUGCUACGAUGCCAUCCCCACCAGCUGCAAGCUCGUCGUCUUUGACAUCUCCCUGGAGCAGAUCAAGAAAGCCUUCGUGGCACUGGUGGCCAACGGGGUGCGUGCCGCCCCGCUCUGGGACAGCAAGACACAGAGCUUUGUGGGGAUGCUCACCAUCACCGACUUCAUCAACAUCCUCCACCGCUACUACCGCUCACCCCUGGUUCAGAUCUACGAGGUAGAGGAGCACAAGAUUGAGACCUGGAGAGCCCUAUCCCCCCAUGGCCUGUCUGUCUCCCACAGCCUCUUCGACGCCGUCUACUCCUUGAUCAAGCACAAGAUCCACCGCCUGCCCGUUAUCGAGCCCGUCUCGGGCAAUGUCCUGCACAUUCUGACACACAAGCGCAUCCUCAAGUUCCUCCACAUCUUCGGCUCCACCAUUCCCAAGCCACGCUUCCUGAAGAAA